CGAUUCCAGCAUUUUGUCGUGCACACGACCUUCACGCAAUCUGCGAAGCGAAGUUUUCGUCGGCACCCAAUCUGUCGCCCCAUUCUUCGUUUGCUCGCGACAAUCGUGACAUUUGUUCACCCCCAGUACCUUGCGAGAAAUCGCCAAUUUGUUGGAUAUAUACUUCCUUCAUCUGGCAGCAGUGGAGGAAUCUUAUCGCUGGGGUUUCGAGAAUCGAGAGUUUUGUACGAAGAAUUCGAGGGAGUUUGGUUUGUUGGGUUCGUUCCUUCGUUCGUUCGUUGUGCAGCCAUGGCGUCGGAUGGAUCUGUCGCUGAAGGGUCGAAGCUGAAGUCGGCCCAGCUUCUCGAGAUGGUGAGGACCCAUCUCACCACGGAUGCUGGCAAGGAGCUCCAGAAAAAAAUUGGGUUCGUCUACCAGAUCAACAUUGCUCCCAAGAAAAUCGGUUUUGAAGAGGAAAUCUUCGUGGUUGACCUCAAGAACUUGAAGGUUUACAAGGGCAAGGCCGAGGGCAAGCCUGAUGCUACCUUCAGUUUUGUUGAUGGCGACUUCAUAGCUGUUUCCAGCGGAAAAAUGAACCCUCAAAUGGCUUUCAUCAGGGGCAAAAUGAAGAUCAAAGGGAGCAUGAGCGCAGCUCAGAAGUUCACCCCCGACAUUUUCCCCAAGCCUGCUAAGCUUUGAAGAAGCUUUCCUUAUACGUCCAUUUUAACAUUUCCCCUUUAUUAUCAAGGUCGCUCACAUGUAGUAAUGACUGCCCACGGCAUUAAUGAAUGACCAUCAUGUCGUGCGCAUGUAUAGGCUUUUAAAUCUGGGUUGUACUUUGCAGGAACCAAGUCCCUUUGCUGGCCAGUUAUAUAUAUAUAUAUAUCUGCCAAACAGCAGCCAUUUUUAUCAAAUUAAUUACCCAUUUCUGAGACACCAUCGACUUCCAUUAUCAGUUGAGACAUUGUGACGAAGUCGACUGUGAUGUGAAAGUGUUGCCGCUGGUCUUUUAAAGGAUUGGACCCUCUUUUUUGAUCUGAAAUGAACUCAGUCAUCUUGAGUCAUUCGCUUCUUGGGAGCAGCUCCGUGCUUCAGAUUUUGCUCUUUCAAUUUUCUCGAACUUAGUUGCAAAUCUGAUCGCUUUGGAAACGCCAUGUCUCACAAAAUGCUGUAGGAAUUAGGUGUGCUUGCCACUUCGACAGCUGACCAUCACUAUGAUGUUUAUCUGUUAUUCUUGUGUACUGUGUGAAGUUAAUACCCGUAAUGAAAAUGUUUUUUUCUUUC